AUGGCCGACUGUCCCACUGGCGGCUGCUCCAUCCCGCUCACAACUCGCGCCGAGAAACGCAACGCGUAUGAACGGGACCCCCAGAAGGCUCGCGAAAUCUGCCAAGGUCUCCGGGACGACCUCUUUCGCAUCGGCCAGAACUACUUCUCCCGCACGUACGACCUGGCCAGCAUCGAGGGGUUUCUUCACGAUGCUUGGGACGAGUUCAUCUAUGCCGCCAAGAUGCAGCCGGCCGACAGUGCUGAAAUCGACAGGCUCGUCACACUGAUCCUCGAGGUGCGAGAGCUCGGCGCCUUCAGGCCGACGGAGCAAGAUGCCGUCGACCAGAGCAAGAGAUCGGAAGAAGCCGUCACCAUGUCCAACGGCCAGUGGCUUUGGACCGACCUCCCCUACCUCGCCGACGACCUUUACGACUUCUGGGUCACGGAGUCGGCCGCGCUCACCGGCCCCGAGAGAGCAAGCCUCGCCGCCUUCACAGGCAAGCUCUGUGCCGUCGGCGUGGGUGCGCCCCAGCUGUCUCGCUGUGCACUCUGGCUCUUCGUCAGAGCGCUGGAGACAGAGCUGCCACCCGAGACUCUGGCAGACCUGCUCCCCGCCUGCCGGGAGUGGCUCAGGUACAGCAAGACGAAGCUCGUCAAGAUGGCGAGCGACAACUACUGCCCUCCCCCGCCGGCCGAGGGUGAGGACGACGCCACUCUGUAUGCCGUGGGACCGCUGGUGGCCGAUGCAGACAUGCCGCCCGGCUUCAGCAUCGCCAGGUGGUUGUCCUGGAGGAAGCGCGCAGGGGACAUCUACAGCGCCGGCUCCGGCGACGUCUCCAAGCUCGGCAGAGCCUGCUUCGAGGAGAUGAUGAAUGCUGGGCAGUUUGUCGGCAUUGACGUUCCCGCCGAAAAGGUAUACCUAGAGAGGGUAUUCAAAGCGCUGGAAGACGAGCUUGCGUCUGGGAGAUUCACCGGCUGCGUCGGCGUGGAGGACAUUGAGAUUGAUCCGGACUGGGCAAAGGAGACGUAG